AUUGCGAAAACGUCAAAAGGGGAACGGAGUCCCCCCAAUAAACUCCGACACCUCCGACAGAAAAGGAACGUUCUGCUUUUUUUUCGGAGCACAACCUGUAAAUACAGCCUUGCGGGUUGCUCCGGGUGUUUUGCAGGUUGUGUGGCUGUAAUCUGCGCUCUGUAACCUGCAUUUUUAUAAACUGCAUUUGCAGUUUUUCGUCAGAUUUUUUAUUCCAGUUGUUUCUGGUUGUUUUUAGUUGAUGGUUGUUCCUUAUUGGUUGGUUAUUGGUUGUUUGCAUCUUACUCACAACUAUCUGACGUGGGUGUGAUGGUUACAAGGGAUCCAAGCGGUGGUUAUGGAUGAUUUGGCGGCGAUGGUACGGUACAUGCGUUGAAUUCAGAUGAGCGGCUAAUCUUGCUCAAUUAAUACAAGCUGGUGGUUGAUGGUGGUUGAUGGUAGAUGUAAUUGAAAGAAACUCUCCGGGUUCUGGUCAUGGGUUACGUAUGAUUGGACUUGUUCCCGUAUAUGUGUCCGUUGAUAAGAUAACAAUCGGGGUUGGCUUAACUAUCCCGACUGAAUGUAUCACUCAAAGCGUCUACCCCGAGAAAUGAGUCAAAAUCGCACUUACUCGCCGCUACGCCUACAGGACAUUGCCUUUAUCAUUUCAUUACUUAUGUAUUGCUAAUGGUUUUUGUCUUGUACGAAAUUAAAGUUUAGUGGUACAGGUACAGCAGAAAGAACAAAGCCUGGGAAAGUUUAAUGAAGACGAAAAAGAAAAGGAACUAAAAAAAAAAAG